AUGGAAAGCACGCCGAACAAACAAACUACCCGGGAGGGUCCCGCUUGCGGGGAAUCCCUUGGUGGGUCGGACAGCCGGCCCAUCGGCCCCAGCGUAUACGGGGGGGGCAUUCGACGUGUGGAGGAGGAAGGUAGUAUAGGAGGAUGUACAGGAGGGAGUGCAGGAGGAAGUGCUGGAAGAAGUACAGGAGAAAGUGUGGGAGGAAGAUUCUGGGAGGAGAGACAAGAAGAGGGUGAGGGGAUGGAAGUGGAGAACCAUGGGGCAGUGGCGGAGUCCGACUGCAGCCUCAUAACUGUCGAGAGCGGGCCGAUAUCGGAUUCCUCGGCAGCCAUACCUGGGGCCAAAAGGCCCAGACUCAGUGAAGGCUCCACGGACGAGGAGGGGAGAACGGCGUCUCGCUUUAGAGGAAAGGGGCGCCAACUACUGAGAAGAGCUGCGGCUGCGGCUAAGGAGGAAGACCUCAUAAAGGAGGCCGACAUUGCCCGCUUCCGACGGGAGACUCGGAAUAAGGCUUUCUCCCAGCCUGGCCAGGGGCUUAACGAAAGGCACGCGGCCCAGCUUAAGGAGCAGGUGCAGGAGGACUUGGACAUAAUUACCAAGGUGGCGACCAAGUCCUCCAACCUGAAGGGCACAUUUGUGCGGGCCCUGAAAGACGCUGCGGCAUCCAUUAAGGAGGCUGUAGAAGUCCUUGGAGCCCGCACCACAACGGAUGAGACGCGGCAACUGCAGGCGGCUAAUGACCGCCUGAAGGCUGAGAUGGCUGACCUCCGUAAGGAGCUAGCUGAUCUGAAGGAGGAACUGCGGCAACGAGGUUCCGCAUCCUCUCACCCGGACGUGACGGAGAAGGCCGCCCCCGCAUCACGGCCUUCACAAGGCAUACCCUCCGUGGAGGAGAUAUGUCGCACAGUGUUGGUUCAGGUGGGCGGAAUGAUGAAUGCCCGCCUGGCCUCACUUGAGGACAGACUCCUCCCCGAGAGGACUCUGCGGCCGCCACUGGCGGCAGAUAAGAAAAAGGACGGGCGUACUUACGCUGCUACGCUUUCCAGGCAGUCGUCUACGCCAGCCCUAGGACACCAGGGGCUGGCCAGGCAGAAGGCGCAGCAAGCGAUAGUCCAACCCGGCCCCAGCGGAGUAAGGCGAUUAGUGCCUCCCGCGCCAUCGCAGCGGCCAUCGGGCUCUGCGCAGAGUCAGCUCGUCGCAGAGCUAGCUACUUCCUCCCCGCCUGCCGUUGGCAACAAAGGGAGGAAGAAGAAGAAAAAGAAGAAGAAAAAGAAGAGAUCGCCAUCGGAGAAGCAGCAAUCGCAGCCCGCGGCGGAGGAAUGGAGGAAGGUUGAGCCCAACAAAAGGGCCAAGGACAAGGGAGGUGCCUACAAGCUCCGCACGCCCCGGUCGUCAGCUGUGGUUCUGACGUUGCAACCGGGGGCAGUAGAGAGGGGCGCGACCUACGCGAGCGUGAUCGCCUUGGCAAAGGAGAAGAUCAAUCCGGCCGACUUCGGAGCUCAGGGUGUCCGUCUUCGGAAAGCGGCAAAUGGGGGUCGAGUUUUUGAAUUCCCCGGUGCCUCCAGUGGCGAUAGGGCGGACUCCCUGGCCCAACGGCUGCGGGAGGUCUUAGGUGAGGAGGUCGUCCGGGUCUCCCGACCGACAAAGUCGGUAGCCCUGCGGGUCUCAGGCCUGGAUGACUCAACCACCAAAACCGAGGUAGUCGCCGCGGUCGCUGCAGCGGGAGGGUGCCCUGCCGAGCAGCUGCGGGCUGGCGAAGUGUCGACAGGCCGAGACGGACUGGGAUCAGUGGUGAUCCAGUGUCCAGUCGCGGCUGCGAAAAAGGUCGUGACAGGUGGCCGAAUACUCGUGGGCUGGGUAUCUGCUCAGGUGAAGCUGAUGGACGCCCGGCCCCUAAUGUGCUACAGGUGCUUCAGAACCGGGCACAUAUCUGUCCAGUGCCAGGAGGGGGUUGAUCGCACCGAUCUAUGUUUCCGAUGCGGUCAACCGGGGCAUAAAGCUCGCGGAUGUUCUGCUGCGCUGCACUGCGUGGUCUGCGCGGCGGCGGGCAUACCAGCGGAGCAUCGAGUGGGCAGCAGGUCCUGUGUCCCACCCAAGGGCAAGAGUAAGGGAGGCGGGGAUGGCCUGAGCCCGGUGGCCGGACAGUCCUCUUCCCCACCCCAGCAGGCGGCAUCGCCGGGGGCAGAGGUGGUUGCUAUGGUUGAAGGAUAG